GUAGAAAGAUCAGGCUUACAAUUAAUGAGAAACCCGAGAAACUUACGGAGAAGACAUGCAGAACUUUUAUAUGGCAUCUCGGAAUAAGAUGGGUAAAGAAUCCAGCCUGGAUUUUGAUGAAGAUGAUGGUGAUGAUUAUGAAAAUAUGAGUGCUGACAAGGCACCAACUGUGCCCGUAAGGGAGAAAAAAGGGAACCAGUCGUCCAAUUUGAAGUUUGAUCUUCCAUUAAAACGUGAAGUUCUACCUCCUAAGGUGCCCCAAUCAGUAUGUACAGUUUCCAACAAAGGUUUGAAUUUUUCCUCCACGGCUGUGAACGCUGCGUUUAGAGAUGACAUAGGUUUCCAGAGUAAUGAGAAGCAGAAAAAAGGUGUGAAUCUCGUGCCAGUCCUGCUGUUUCUUCUGACCAUCAUGUUUUUCACACUGUCAAUCCUCAUGGGACUCCUAUUCAUGCACUAUUCCACAUUAUCUGCUGAAUUAACAGAGUUAAAACUGAGUGGCUCCAGAAUCACUGAUAAAGUUGAACAAUUAAAGGAGAACGUUUCAAAGUUAAAGACAACUGCUGAUAAUGAGCAUGACAAUUUUAAUAGAAAUCUAACAGCGAGCAACGAAGCCCUGGGAAAAGCUCAGAACAAAACAAACGCAGCAGUUCAAUCCGUCAAAGGAACUGUAGACAAACUCUGCAAAACCUGUCCGCGUGGUUGGCGUCCUUUUGGCUCCUCUUGUUAUUUUAUCUCAAGCAACAUAUUGCCAUGGAAUGAGGCUCGUGAUGAGUGCUAUAAAAUUAACUCUGAACUUGUAAUCUUCUCCAGCAAAAGUGAAAUGGAUACUUUAAAUAAAGUGUUUUCUGGCAGCACAAGGUACUGGAUUGGACUACGAAGGGAUACAAUAAACAUCAAUGUCUGGAAGUGGCUGGAUGGGACUGAACCUACCUUCACAUAUUGGGGGGUAAAUGAGCCCAAUUAUGCUGGAAACAAAGAACAUUGUGGAGAAACCGUGUCAGGGCCGUGGAAUGACCGUGACUGUAAAGACAGAUUGAACUUCAUCUGCAAGAAAGUGUGGAUCUGCUGAGCUAAUAUAUUUAAUGUAGUGGAAAUGUAUAUAUUAAAUAUUUCUUUAAUCAUAUAUAUUAUAUAUAGUUUUUUUCUCAUGAACAUAAAAGGAAAAUAUGUAUUUUUUUUUAAACACGACCAAUGUCACAGUGAUGCAGAUAUUGAUAUAGGCAAUGGAAAUAUAUAUAUUUUUUUAAAUUAGGAGGCAUGUCAUUGUACUGCAUGUAGAGAUCUUUGUCAAAGAUCUUGGGCAAAAUACUAAUUCAAGAUCUUGCUGUCCUUUUAUUCAGCUAUUCUUUAGACCCAUCGAUUAUUGGUUUUGUAGUGCCUCAUUGAUCAGUGCUUUCCUGUCCUCUUUUAAAUUUUGUAUUGUAAUCUCUCCUUUUGGAGUUUUCUCUUACCCUAUAUGUUUAUUUUUUUUAUUACUAUCCCCAUUUUUCCUUUAUACGUUUUGAUUCCUAGUGGCUUUUUUUCUUCCUCAACCUCCACCUUGUGAUUUAGAGUUUUAUAUUUCUGUUUGUUUGUGUCUUUUGGGGUUAUUUUUUGUGAUCAGGAGCGCUAAUGAAUUUAAAGCAACACAAUAGUGUAUACUAUACCUAUCCAUGGUUAUUUAUAGGGCCCCCUUAUGUGCAGUAUAAUAUAAAAUCAAAACAUUUUACUUAUCUUUCUCCAGUGUCGUGACUGCCUCAGUGUUGCCACCCGCUCCUCCCGAUGAGUUGUCGUCAUCCGGGAGGCAUACCUCCUGGAUAAUGGUCCAGUGCAAUGACCCUCAUAUCGGAACAUUGGGCACUGUAUGAUUUAAUGCAAUGAUUCUCUAUGACAAGCAUGUCAUCAUAGUUUGUCUGGGUAUGAGAUCCACAAACUUACAUUCCUAGCUCUCCUAGACAGAGAGCUUGGCGGCGUGACUUAUAGCGCACUUUAAAGCCUUCAAAUUACUUAUGUACUACAUUUUGGUGGAGUAGUCAAGUGGGGAACAACAUUAGCACUAUAGCAACUUCAAUUAGAUUAAGUUGUUAUAGUGAGUUCAGAGUUACUUUAACUCUUAGUAAGCAUAUUUUUUCAGUUUCACCAGGUUAGGCAGUUCCCAAGUUCUAAGUUAAGUUAACUACUUUCUCACCUUUGGAUCUUUGUUGCUUUGUUGCAUGCCAAUACUCUGUGUCUUUUUGACCCCCAUACUUUAAUUCACGUUGUCUGUAAAUCAUUUGUCUCCCUGUCCUCUAUUGCAUUAGAGCAUAAUUCAAUAUGCAUUUGAAUAUAUGUGGCUAUCUUUACAUUUUAA